GAGAGGCUCAGUUCUAGAGUUGUCUAGGUGUUUGUGAGUAGGAAUAGUGAAGAUGGCCUCCCAAGUGUGUCAGAACUAUCACAAGGACUGUGAGGAUGCUGUUAACAAGCAGAUCAACCUGGAGCUUUAUUCCUCCUAUGUUUACCUCUCCAUGGUCUCUUUCUUUGACCGGGAUGAUGUUGCCCUGCGUCACUUUGCUGAGUUCUUCAAGGAGCAGUCCCAUGAGGAACGGGAACAUGCUGAGAAGCUGAUGGCAUUCCAGAAUAAACGUGGAGGCCGAGUCCUCCUGCAGGACAUCAAGAAGCCAGAGCAGGAUGAGUGGGGCAAUGGUCUGGAGGCAAUGCAGAGAGCUCUGCAGAUGGAGAAGGAUGUGAACCAGAGUCUGCUGGAUCUGCACAAACUCGCCUCUGGCAACAUGGACCCUCAUCUGUGUGACUUCCUGGAGAGGCACUACUUGGAUGAGCAAGUGAAGAUGAUCAAGAAGCUGGGAGAUCACAUCACCAACCUGAAGAGACUGGGAGCCCCUGACAAUGGCACGGGAGAGUACCUGUUUGACAGGCUCACCCUGGGGGAAGAGUGACUGAACUGACUGCAGGGAGCAAGACCAUAUCUGGGAUGGGGGAGAAAAAAACACCUCUUUGAGACAUGAGCAAGCUUGUGACUUCACAAGCUUUUUUGUUUGGGGAUCAUGAUGUGUUUAUCUUCAGAUUUGGAAGAAAACACUUCAGGUGCUGAUGUCUCUGAAGAAUACUUUAAUUGUAUCAGGUAAAAAUAAAAGUGCUUGAACAUGAAA